UGAGAAGAAGACGCGUCUCAAACAGGAGUUCCUAAUGACAUCCUGCUGUAAAGAUGGAGUUUAUUAAAGAGGAGAAUGAGUACAUGUGUGAUCCAGAACCCUGCAGAAUUAAACAAGAAGAUAAUGAGGAACAAAUAGACCUGAUGGAAGCGAAUGAAGUGGAGGAGAAACAGCAUCACUUCACAACUGGAGACAAAACAGGAGGCAAAAAUUAUUUCAUCUGCCCGCAGUGCGGAAAGAGUUUCCCGCAUAAAGGAGAUCUUAAUAAACACUUACGGAUCCACACCGGAGAGAGACCGUUCAUGUGCAUUCAGUGUGGAAAGAGCUUCACGCAGAAAGCAAACCUUAACAGACACCUGCGCGUUCACUCUGGAGAAAGACCCUUCAUGUGCCCUCAAUGCGGACGGAGCUUCACGUCCACCAGCAUCCUCAAACACCAUCUGCGCUCUCACUCCGGAGUGAAGUCGUUCAGCUGCGAUCAGUGCGAUAAGAAGUUUAUUUUAGCCAAACUGUUGAAAAGACAUCUGAAGAUGCAUGCAAACCAGAAGCCGCACUUGUGCUCUUUCUGCGGGAAGAGUUUUUCACAAUUGGACUAUUUUAACGAGCAUCAGAAAAUGCAUAUCGGUGGGAGACCUCAUAAAUGCUCUGAGUGCGGAAAUGCCUUUAAUACGGCCGAUUCCUUGAGACGACACCAGAGGAUUCAUACCGGAGAGAAACCGUACAUUUGUUCGCAUUGUGGAAAGGGUUUCAUUCAGUCGGGACAUUUGAGAGCACAUGAGAGACUGCAUACGGGAGAGAAGCCGUAUCAGUGCUAUUUAUGUGAGAAGAGCUUCACGCAUUCAAGUAAACUGUUGAUUCAUGUUAGAAAGCGUUGCCCAAAGUUGUCACUGUGAGCAAAGUUUAUGCUCACGUCCAUCCCUUUAAAGGAAUUUGCUGAAAAUAUACUCACUCUCAGGGCAUU